AUGCAGCCUAGCAGAUUGUUGACAUCAGCAACAGGUCUUUUCAGAGUUACCACUACAAAGACCUUUGCAGCUCCCGUGUUGAGCAACCAAAGACUCUUCUCUUUCUCAGCACACUGUAGAGAAGAAGAUAACACAAAGACCCCUGAAGCUGUUGAAGUACAAGCCAGUGAAGAGGAGGUAGAGCCUAUCAAGAUGUCUAGAAGAAGACGUCGUUUUCAUGAAUGGGCCAACGGUCCUGGUUCCAAGUUUAGCCGUCCUGCCAAAGGAACUACCAACUAUUUAAGCUCUACUCCUUUCCCCAACAACCCUCUAUUUCAGCCUAGACCUCCUCUUUCUGAUGCUUCUCGUCAAGGAAUUUAUGAUGCCUUUGUUACUGAUCCUGAAAACUGGACAGGUGUUGCCUUACAAAAGAAGUUCAACAAGGGAAUGGAGCAACUUAUGGGUGUAGAUCAAACAGCUGAAUUAUUAAAAGAACCUUUGGCCGAUGUUUUCCCUCCUGUCGGAAAGCCCAAGUUCAAGACAUUAAAAGAAGAUGCUCCAUUCACUCCAAGAGAUGCAGCCAAGGAGCUUAACCGCAUACCCUUUAAGGAUCUUGAAAGACGUGUUAUUGAGUCCGAGCAGGCAGAAUUCACUUUAUCUAAACCUUCAGCAACAUCAUCAGACAACAAAACUACAAAGCGUACCAAAUUUGUUAUUGUAGAUACUAGCGCUUAA